GUGGGUUGGGUGGUGGGUGAGCCCCGCACUAAUUACUCCGGCGCAUGCGCAACGGUAAGCGUAAAAGUGGGUGGUGCUGGUCCGCCGCUUGCAUUGAGAGUGUACGUGUGCAGUGAAGCGCGAGAGGACGCUAUGCUACAGUGGAAAAGAACUAGACUGUGUCUCCUCUCUGUGGAGAUUCUAGUCACAUUGGUAUCGCUGCGGAUUCUUCCCGUCGCGGAGGGUCAGUCUUGCAGCGCGCAGCCCGUCAUCUCCUCAGUAGAUCCGCCCUCGGGAUCUCGCCAGACGCGGUUCGCAAUACUCGGCCAGAAUCUGGAUCAGCCCGGCAGUAUUACAGUGAUCCAACGCAUUAACGACGAAGAGCUAGAUAUACUGGAGACCACGAACGUGACGCAGACGAGGAUCGAGCUCACGGUGAAUCCGCUGGCGAGCAGCUUAGCUACUAUCACUAUCGACCCAAACGAAGAGGACUGCGGAUCAGCCUCUGUGGAGAUAUACGUCGUUUUCAUAGUUAUCGCCACCCUGCUCGGAGGAUUACAGACUGUUCAACCUGGCACAGUGUUGGCCACUUCAAAUGCCUGCCUCCCGCCGUUUUGCGGCGAUAACAGCACAACCUACGAGGUGGUUCUCGCAGGAAAUACACUCCAACAGCUGCAAGCCAACAGUGUUGGAUUCGUCGUCCGUCUACCAGAUACAGACACAGACUAUGACAACGUUGAGCUGUUCAUCCAAACAUUCUAUUCCCAGCUAUCGACUAAUGCAAGAGUUAAUUUCAGGAGGUCUCCCUCAAUCGACAGCAUAUCUCCCGACACGGGCCAGAGAGGGACGAGGGUGGUAAUUGAAGGGGAGAAUCUACUUGGAUUCGGGCAAGGCUCCAUUGAGUUCAGUCAGGUUUCGAUUGGAGGUAAUAAUGCUAUGAUUGACCCUCGGAGCAAUUCCACACACAUCUUUGCUAGGGUGUUGAGUGGAAUCGCAGGCUCAAACUCCGUCGCAGUUAAUACAACACAGAGAAUCAAUGGUAUUGAAUACGAUGGCCCAUACACUUCCUCGGUCUCGCAGUGGACCCAGCUAAUAGACGGAGCGGUUAGCGAGAUAAUCCCUCCCGCUGCUAAAAUCAACGCGACAAUCAACUUGUGUGGAGAGCGUCUUCUGGGUGGCGGAGCCAGUGUUGCCAACAUUACCAUCGCUGAGCAACAAGUAGAAAUCAUUGGGGACUUGGUACUGUCAGGAGGAGGUUCCUCAGAAUGUAUUGAAAUAAGAGUACCCGGCGUGUCAAACCCAGAAAAUGCCACAGGUGGAGUCACUAUUGAAUCGGACACGGGAGCUAUCGUUGAGUCUCCUUCAAACAUAAUCUUCACCUAUGCCGUUAUAACGGAUGUCACUCCGAGUUCAGGUCAGGUCGGGACUGAAGUAACCAUUUCUGGCAUCGGGCUCUUGUCUGGAUACGCAGAUCUGACCCCCAGUGUCUUCCUCGCUGAUGUGGAGACAACUCUUCUCUCCAGCUCACCAGAGAGAAUUGAUGUUCGAGUUCGCGCACCAUUUACGACUGGGUCUGGAGGAUCUGAAUCCAUGAAUAUCACAGGAGACACGGUGAUUACCGUCACAAGAGACAGUUCAGAGUUCAGUGUUUCCCUGGCUGAUAGCUGGGAGUAUCUCGAGCCUGGUGUUAUUGAACUAGUUCAGCCUGUUUUCGGCCAGUUUGGAACGAGAAUCACACUCACUGGAACGAACCUUCUUGGCUAUGGUUCAAGCCUCAGGGAAGCCCGUGUCGAUAGCGUCCCUGCAGCGAUUGUGUCUCAAACUAACAACGAAGUGGUAAUAGAAGCUCCAGAUAUCGAGACGCUGGGUCGAGUGAGCAUCGUUCUUGAGGCCAACAAUGGAGCACUAGUGAGACUAGACGAUGCAUUUGAGUUCAGAGAAAGAGGAGUUGUAUUGGAUUUGGACCCUCCUUCCGGCCAAAAUGGAACGUUUGUUUCAAUCUCAGGGAGCAAUCUUUUCGGACAUGCAACCAGCAUCAACAGCAUCACAUUUGGAGGUGUGGAGGCAGACGUCGACUCGACAAAUUCCAAUAACUCCAUCAUUAGGGUGAGGGUACAACCAAAUGACGUCGCAGUCAAUACGCCCGUGCAAGUUGUAAUAACAGCUGCAACCAUGGCUCGAGUGAGCACAAGUGGCCAGGAUUGGACGUACUUGGUGCCUGGUGCAGUCAGUGGUGUGGAGCCAGACACUGGUCAGGCAGGAACAGUCGUGACCAUCACAGGGACCAAUCUACUGGGUGGAGGCAGAAGUGUCCAGUCAAUACUUCUAGAUGGAGUCUCAGCCACAGUUAUGGAAGCCACACCCACAUCAAUCACGGUAUCCAUGGACGAUCUGUCGCAGCAGAUAGAGUUCUAUCGCGGGACCGUUCACAUUGUGGCAAACACGGGAGCUGUAGUUGUGGGCGGAGCCUACACUCAUCGUGAAUCUGGCGUGAUUACAAACUUUACCCCCACGAUGGGCCAAGAAGGAACGAGAAUCAUAAUAACAGGGACGAAUCUCCCGGGAUACGGAGCCAGGGUGACCGAGGUAAUGAUUGCAGGGGUCCGAGGGGAGAUUGUCGAGCAAGUCAAUACAUCGCUUGUAGUGGUGAGAGCUGGAGCUGCAGCCAGUGGUACAGUGGGGCAGAUCUCUCUGACAAGUGACACUGGGGCUUUCGUAACCUCUCCAGGUGCUCUAGUCUUCACUUACACGGAACAGGGAAGCAUUGACGACGUCAACCCUAGCAAAGGUGCAGAGGGAAGCGGUGUGCUGAUACAAGGCACGUUUCUGAGGCCGUCGGAAACUGUUGUGACAAGCGUGACAAUUGGGGGAUCUCCGGUCUUGAGAAUUGUGACUGAGUCACAGAGCGAGGUAGCAGUUGUUGUAGGUGCAGCUCCAGCAAACGGAGGAAACAAUUCCAUCAUUGUCAUUACUGCAAACGACGGGUCGAUUGUGAGGGGUGGAAAUUUUACCUACCUAGAUCUCACCCUCUCUCUUCCCGAGGUUGAUCGCGGGCAGCAAGGAACUCAAGUGAUCAUACGUUUACCCAAUGACAAUGCUUUUGAUCCGUCGCUCCCUCUAGUGGCUAGAAUUGGGGGGCAAAUUGCCGCAACCCUAUCGUCCAGCGUGUCUAAUCAAACCAUUGAAGUGAGUACUCCUCGUGCAGGGGAGGUAGGGACUUAUUCUGUUGAUGUCACAGUUGAAGGGAUCGACGGACGAGUGGCUAGAUUGCGUAAUGGAUUCACCUAUAUCGAAGAGGGGGUCAUACUCAGUGUGACCCCCGACAGGGGUCAGCAGGGAACCAGAAUUCAGGUGGUGGGUCGAAAUCUUCUCGGAGGGGGUAGCACCAUUGCAUCAGCUCGUAUUGGUCAACAAGGAGGGAGAGAAGUGAGCGCAAAUGUAAGAGAUUCCGAUGACGAAAAUGUCGACUUGGAGAUUCUAUCUAAUUUCCCCCUGGAUUCAGUGUUCCCAACCACAGCAGACAUCACACUAGUGGCAGACACCGGUGCUACUAUAGUUGGAGUAGGUCUCUUCAAUCUCGUUCAACCUGGGCAGAUUACAGGGGUCUCCCCCACCAGAGGCCAAUUUGGAACGAGAGUAACAAUCACGGGAACGAAUCUCCUCCAAGGAGGUACUGUAGCCGAUAUUUACUCCAUAACACUUGCUGGAACGGAUGUAGAUGAGAUUCUUGGCAUUCCAACCGACAACGAGAUCACAGUUCGGGCAAGCUCUUCUCCCGAGGGACCCCCAGGAUCUGUAAUCAUCACUUUAACAACAGGAGCCACAAUAAUUCCCCCCGAGUCCAUCACUUUCCAAUACCUUUCCCCCGGAGUGAUAAACUCUGUGACUCCAGAAGUAGGAACCGUGGGGACAAGGGUGACAAUUUCGGGCGAAAAUCUUCUUGGCGGAGGUGUUGUGCAAGAAGUUACCCUGGGGGGUGUGCCAGCUGAAAUUAGAGGCACCCCCACUAAUUCCCAGAUAAUUGUUCGUGCACAACUCCCAGAGGUCAAUGGCAGUGGAGAUGCAGCCAAUGGAAGUGGAGUGGUGGAAAUCUUAAUCGACACAGGGGCAGUGAUAUCAGGAGAGGACUGGGAAUUUGAGGAGUUAGGAGUAAUAUCAUCCAUAUACCCUCCCGUGGGUCAGCAGGGUGUCACUGUCACUAUCCGUGGGGUCUCUCUCCUCGGAAGCUCGGCUGGAGUAUUCACCAGCUGCUCCCUGGCAGGGAUACAGGGUACCGUCACCCUGUCGACUGAAACAGAGGCAGAGUGUGCGGCUGGUUUUAACCCUUUUGCUGCUGAUGAAUCCAAUCCUGACCUACUGUCAGGGCCUGUUCAACUGAUUGCAGACAGCGGCCCGGUAAUUGUUAGCGGAGAACAACAAUUCACCUACUAUGUGGCGAGAAUAGAUGCCACAGAGCCUGUGAAUGGAACAAACGGCACCUCUGUCAGCAUAGUUGGCAUCAACCUAAAUGGCUCUGCAGAUAGCGGGGAGAUUGACAGUGUCGAAUCUGUGAGAUUUGGAAGUAUUCCGGCAUUUGCUAUUGAGGUACUGACAGAGAACAGUAUUCGAGUGAGGGUGGGCGCUAGUUCUGCAGUAGACAGUGAUCUAGCAGUGAGAAUUGAGCUUGAAUCUGGAGCUUUUCUCGAACUAGAAGGUGCCUGGGACUACACAGAACCUGGUGAGAUAUCUACUGUUUCUCCUACCACUGCCCAGCCCGGAGAGACAGUAACUAUCUAUGGGAGGGACCUAGUACCUCCGUGUGUCUCUGAAGUGAGGGUGAUAGUCGGUCAGACAAGAUCGUACGAAGCCACCAUUGUCAAUAGCAGCGAGUUGACUUUCAGAGCAGGGCCGUAUCAAGCCUCAGUCGAUUCAGAUUCAAAUCUCGAUGAGCCGAGUGUACCCCUGCCAAUCCAAGUAAUUGCUUCAAACGGAGCCACCGUCUAUAACAGUGCGGGAUUAUUUACAUACAGUGAGAGCGAAGCUCGUGUUACUAGCAUUUCCCCGGUAGCUGGGUCUGGGGGUACCACGGUAACUAUCACAGGCAUCAAUCUUCUCCAUGGGAACUCUACGGCAGUGGAAGUCACUUUGGCUGGACAGAACGCUACUAUCAUGAAUGCAAGUGACACGGAAGUGAUUGUAAUUGCAGGAGACGGCCCCGCAGAAGGGGCCAGAGGUAGGAUCAUAAUAGAGUCUGACGCCGGUCUGAUUUCUGGAAUAGGAACGGACAUAUGGGAGUACCUGCCAGAUAUAACAGCCGAUGAUGUCACUCCACUGACUGGACAGAAUGGAACGAGAGUAUCAAUAGACCUGAAGGGGAUAUCCUUGGUAAUUACUAGAAUCUCUCUGGCAGGGGUUCAAGUGAAUGGCAUAGUGGAUAAACUAGAAACAAGAGUGAUAGUUGAAGCCGGUCCAUCUCCUCAGACACCAGUGGGCGAUAUCACAGUUGAUUUCAUUAAUGGAGCAAGUCUUACUAUUCCCUCGGCCUGGAGCUACCUGGAGCCAGCUGAACUUGAGGUUUUCACGCCGACUAUUGGGUACUUCAAUACUGAGAUCCGCAUACUCGUUUCAAAUCUCAGAGCCGGGAACCGGAGUGUGGAAUCUGUUCAAGUUGCAGGUAUUGCGACAGAAGUUCUCUCUCAGGAUGAUUCAGAGGUUCGAGUGAGAGUAAGCGAGUUUCGUGACUCAUCAGCUGGAGCAAUCGAAGAACCAUUUACCAUAAUUUGGGAAGACGGAGCAACUUACACAAGCAAUGGUGCAGUCUUCACAUAUGUAAGACUGGAAGUGAGGAAUGUAGCUCCACAAUCCGGACAGGGAGGAACGAUUGUGAGCAUCACUGGCGAAGGUCUAUUAGCAGGGUCCAGCCAACUAGAGGAAGCUAGACUUGGUGGUAUACUAGUGCAAAGUUCUCCCCUGGUCUCAGACACUCGAAUCGAUCUCGUAGCUUCUCCAUCCACUGAAAUAACGUCUGCUGGUAGUAUCACCUACAUGGUGGCUGGAGGAGGCAGGGUUGUUAUAGACGAUGCCUGGACUUAUCUGGAGCCAGGGGAGGUGAGAGAAGUGAGUCCACUGCAGGGGGUUCAAGGAUCGUACGUGACCAUUCGAGGGGAGCGGAUGCUACAGGGAGGGAGUUCCGUGAGCCAAGUGACCCUGGCUGGUGUGGAUGCAAUGGAAAUUGUUGUCGGACUUGACGACAUCAUCCAAGUUCGUGUCGGCCUCACACCAAGUCUACCACAAGGGGCGGUCACCAUUGUAUCUGAUACAGGAGCGACACUGUCAAAUGACGCCUUUGUCUUCCGGUACCUGGCCGGUGGAUCAAUCACAGGAGUUUCUCCAGACUCCGGGCAGAAUGGAACGAGGGUUGUAAUUUCAGGAACGGGGUUUACUGAGGUAGUAAGAGUGAGUCUGGCUGGAGUCAAUGUAAACGUUCUGGGUGAAGUGAAUGAUACAUCCAUCACCGUUGAAGCUGGCAGACCAGACAUCUUUGAAGCAUUUAGCGGACGGAUCAUCAUUGAGACGGACUCUGGGGCAAUAAUCACAGGGGAUCCGACUUUCACUUAUAACCAGGAGGGAGCAAUAUAUUCAGCCUACCCCUCACAAGGGCAAGUUGGUACUAUAGUUGUGAUCAGUGGAGAAAGGCUCCUGGGAGAUGGGACACGUGUAGAUAAGGCAUACUUGGCUGGGAUCGAAGCAACGGUCAACAGCAGCAGUGCUGAUUCAGUCAUUCUGAUUGCUUCACUCCUGAAUCCAGACAACAUUACUACUGGUGAUAUAGUCCUAGUCAGUGAAACCGGAGCCUAUGUAAGGAAGACAGAUGGCUGGAGCUAUGUGAUGGCUGGUGCAGUAGUGAAUAUCAAUCCACCUCGGGGCCAGUUUGGUACCAGAGUUACAAUCACGGGAACGGGACUUCACUCGGGAGGAGAAUCGGUAGCACGAAUCACCGUCGGAGACAUAGCCACCACCACAGACAUUACUUUUAGCUCCGACACUAGAGUAGACGCGCGGAUGGGAGAGCCAAUAAGACCAAACCCUCCUGAGGACAGAGUUACUCUUAUUUCUAAUUUUGGUGGGGAGCUGAGGUCUACCUUCACGUGGAACUACUUAGAAGCCAGCACAGUGAUUGAGGUCUCUCCAAAUUCUGGAGUGGGUGGGGUUGUAGUUACAGUCACAGGAGAGCGUCUACUUGGAGGGGGUUCCAGGAUUGACUCCGUAACAACGGCUGGAGUACCUGCUGAAGACGUAGUUCAAGGAGCCAGCAACGACGAAAUGGUUGAGUUCACAGUAGGGUACCACCCAACCGGUGCCGCUGUUCGAGGCGACGUCGUUAUCGAGUCCGAUACAGGGGCCCUCACAAUCAUUGAAGACGGGUGGGAGUACAACAAUGCUUGUCCACAGGGACAGUUCGGAUCAUUUGGAAACUGCACGAACUGCUCAGAAGAGUGCGUGACUUGCAACGGAGCGACAAAUGAAGACUGCCUGGAGUGUAGAAACUUUGUGGUCCCUCUAUCUGUGUCAAACAUGCGGUGUGUGGAGAGGUGUCCAAACGUAUCCACUCUUGACAAUGUGUGUGUGGAUGCUUGCAACUCAAACCAGUACAGUAGAACAGAUAGCAAGUUGGACACCGUUUUCUGUUACGAUUGCAAUGAACUCUGUAAUCCUAGUUUGGGUUGCACGGGACCCAAUGCUACAGAGUGCACCGCCUGCGAAGUAGCAUUUGAGCAGAACUCUCAGACCUGUGUAGCAGAUUGCGGGAUUGGAACAUGGCUCAGAGAAGACAGAGUGUGCGUUCCUUGUGACAGCCAGUGCAAUGCGACCGCAGGAUGCUUCGGGGAGACUUCCAGUGACUGCUACGAAUGUCUCAACGUCCGCAUCUCCCUGUCCAGUGCAGAGUCCGGAGGACUUGAUGACCAAAUGAUAUCAGAUGUCUGUUUGGAGGAGUGCCCGACUGGAUUCUACGAAGGUGGUGACAGGAACUGCCUCCAGUGCAGUGAGCAGUGUUUGGGG